CAUUGUUGGGCUGGGGCUGACGUCCUGCCCGGGGGUGGGUGGGUCGGGGGGGCGGCAGUGCCGGGGCGCCCCCCUCCCGUGCCCGUCUGCAGGGCUCGGCCGCUGGAUGAAGGCUGCGGGGCCCGCCGGGCGCGGAGGGGGGCGGCGGCGGCGGCCAGAUCGGGACCCCCGGCGCAGCGGGGCUGGGGGCGGCGGAGGGGGUCCGGCCAGCCAUGCCCGGCUCCGGCCAGCCGCGGGAGGGAGGGGAGGGCGCCGGCGGCCCCCCUCCCGGCCUGGGGGGGCUGCUGAGCGCCCCCCCGGAGGGACCCCCGGAGCCUCCCGCCCCCCAGCAGCAGCAGCAGGAGGAAGAGGAGGAGGAGGAGGAGGAGGAGGAAGACGCCCUGCGCCUGGCCCUGGACCACUUCUCCAUCCUGGGGGGCGACGCGCGGGCGGCGGCGGGGGCCGCGGGCUUUGCCCCCCUGGAGCCCCUGGAGCGACCCCCGGGCGAGCUCCUGGGCGCCUUCCCGGGCCCCCUCCUGGGCAUCAUCGGCAGCCGCAAGAGGAGCGUCAACAUGACCGAGUGCGUGGCCGUGCCCAGCUCGGAGCAUGUGGCCGAGAUCGUGGGCAGGCAAGGAUGCAAGAUCAAAGCUUUAAGAGCAAAAACGAACACCUACAUAAAGACACCAGUGAGAGGGGAGGAGCCUGUUUUCAUUGUGACGGGCCGGAAAGAGGAUGUUGAGAUGGCCAAGCGCGAGAUCCUUUCGGCCGCCGAGCACUUCUCGAUGAUCCGAGCCACUCGCAACAAAGUCAGUGGGGUGUCGGGCACGGUCUUGGGUCCCCCAAACCUCCCUGGCCAGACGACCAUCCAAGUGCGGGUGCCUUACCGCGUGGUCGGCUUGGUGGUGGGUCCCAAGGGAGCCACCAUCAAGCGGAUCCAGCAACAGACCCACACGUAUAUUGUGACCCCGAGUCGGGACAAGGAGCCCGUCUUUGAGGUUACCGGCAUGCCAGAGAACGUUGACCGGGCUCGGGAGGAAAUCGAGGCCCACAUCACGAUGAGGACCGGCUCCUUUAUUGAGGUCAGCAGUGACAAUGAUUUCCACACCAACGGCACGGAUGUUUGUCUGGAUUUGCUGGGCGGCAGCAGCCCCUCCAGCCUGUGGGCCAAAGCCCCCAACCCUACCCGGCGGUCACUGUCCAGCGUGCGGUGUGAUAAUAACCUUGGUUGCUUGGGUAACACUACCUCCAUGACAGAGCCUUAUUUUGGUGGCCCCACAGCCGAUGGGCCCACGAGCAGCCCCUUCAGAGCCAGCAACAGCUUCUCAUUCAACGAACCUGCAGCUCCUGUGCUUGGCACAGAUGAUGCUGAUUUCGGGUUUGAUUUCCUGGCCCUGGACGUCACUGCGCCAGCCACCAUCUGGUCUCCUUUCGAACCACCUGGCAACCCACUUUCGGCCUUCAACUGCUCCUCUUCCCUCAACAGCAACUCCCAGAGACGCAACAGCACAGCCACACCCCGGCACUCUCCCACCCUCCCAGAGACCGGCAUGCCCCUGGAGCACCCUUUAGCCCGGCGCAUUCAGAGCAAUCCAGUCAGCACCCUCUCGUGGCCAGCAACCCAGGGAUCUCUUUCCUCAUUCUCCGACAGCACCGGCUAUUCCUCUUCCUCCUCUUUACCCGGAAGCAUUUCCGCCACCUCGGGCUCCCCUACGGACUCUAGCAGCUCCGAUGGGCCUCGCAAGGCCUCUCGGGAGUGCAUGGUGUGUUUUGAAAGCGAGGUCAUCGCCGCUCUGGUGCCCUGCGGCCACAACCUCUUCUGUAUGGAGUGCGCAAUGCGCAUCUGCGGCAAACCUGAACCGGAGUGUCCCGCCUGCCACACCCCCGCCACUCAAGCCAUUCACAUUUUUUCUUAGUGGAUUCUUUCAGGGCCCCGUCCCUUCCUCCCUAACAAAAACACGGUGGUUUUUUUUCCAAACUUCAAACUGUCUAAAGCGACCUCUUCUUUUAAUUUAAAAAAAAAAACGGAGGAGGGUUGGUGGUGAGAAGACCGGAAUAUAAGGCGUCUUCUAGUGUGUGUUGGGUGGGACACAAAACGGAGGAAUUCCAAUGGGGGAAAAAGGGUUGAGAUAAAUAAGACUAGGGGAGGGAAAUGAGGCCACAAAGUGCAAAGGGUUAAUCACAAAAGAUUUGAGAGGGAAAUUUUAAAAAAAGUUUACAGAAUAGCUUUAAUGGUCAACCUGCAGACGCAAGCCAGGUUGGCAGCAACUCCCAUCUAUUCCUUUAUCCUUUUUGUUUUCUUUUCCAAAGAACAGUGUUCCUUCAUUAAGAUAAACAAAUCAAGUAGAAUUAAGGUCCAUGUGCACUUUUUAGGAAACAACGAAGGGUUUUUUUUCUUUUGUUUAAAAAAAAAAGCCUUUUAUUUUUUAUUUUUAUACCAUGUUUUUUAAUGCCAUUCUAGAGUGUAAAUACAUAUAUAUAUAUUAUUUUUGUUGUGAAGUCAGAUUUUACCUUGUAUUAUGCUUGUCUCUAAAAUCCAUAUGAAGAGGCUGGAUGGGGGGUUGAUGAUCAUGAAACGUAUUUACUGGAGGGGAGACCAAAUGUUAUCAUAAUGAACUCAUGCAAAAAAAAGAGAGCGAGAGAGAGAGAGAAAGAAAUAUUUGUCUUUUUUAAUUUGAAUUUUCUUUUUAAAGUUUUAUUUUUCAACCUCUGUAUAUGUAGGGGAUUUCUAGGAGAAGAUAAGUACUUUAUUGAAUAAAUUUUAAGAACUCUCUCUCUAUAUAUAUAUAUAGAGAGAACUAUAUAUAUAAUUUUAAAAAUGGGGGUAGGGGGACUUGGAACUUCUAACUUUAUGACGACUAAAGUACUGAUUAUAUAUACUUGCUGAGCUGACUUAACGGUUAUGAGACUUGUAUCCAGAGCUUUAUUUUUUUGAACUUUCAGAGCCUUGUUAAUUAAAAUACUUUUUGCUAAAUAUGAACACA